UUAGUCAACUGGUGGAAGAAACAAAGAAGACCUCAAAAGUCUCUCAUCACCUCCUUGAAACUAAAACUGAUUAAUAUUUCUCCUGAGAUGAUCUCUCUCCACAUUCUUCCUACCCAAACCAAGUACUUUCGAACUGAAUAUACACAAAAGGGUCCACUAGUUCCAGGUCUUGCUCACACUGUUACGGUGCACUUCAGUCCAAAUGAGUGGCGCUACUUUUUUGACAGCAUCCGGAUUUACUGCAAGGGGGAAGAGAACUUGCUGGUUACAAUUCAUGCUUAUCCUGUCAUUGAUGAUCUUAAUAUUCCACCUCACAUAAGCCUGUUUCCUGUGCCAUUGGGACACAGCUCCACUUGUGUGAUUCCUCUGAGCUGCAGGUGUCCAGUAGACUUUGAGUUCCAGGUGCACUGCUUGAAGUCUCACAAGGCAUUUAGCAUAUAUCCUUUGUCAGGAAUCAUCCCAGUCAAAGGGAAGACAGAUUUAUUAGUGACAUUCACACCACAAGAAUAUGGAAUGGCUGAAAUCACUCUACAGCUGGUCAUCUCUCACUUCAACUCAAAACCCUUUAUCUGCACAUUAACUGCAUCCUGCUCUCCUAAUCUGACUCAAAACCAACAGAGAAAAAAUGAAGAGACUGCUAAAAUGGUGAAAGAACUACAGACAAAAGAGGUUGUGUACCUUGGGGCCCCUAAAGUAAAGGCUAAAGUGAUGCCAAGGAUAGAGAAGCACAGUAAGAAGAAGAAGGUAAAAUCAGACCCAUACACACAGAACUUUGAUAUAGAUCUUUCCAACCAUGCUGGACUUGCGAAAAUGCUAAUUAAACACCAAGACAAAAUGAACUACAAGGAUCUCAGAGAGGCUGUGUCCAAUACAAAAACUGCAUACCAGACAAGACAGACGAAAGAAGCUGCAUUUGAAAAUCAAGUUCGAAUAAAUGCCCAAAAAGAGAGAGCUAAUCAUCUUCAAUGGCAGGUGCAACUUGGUCAAGAUUUGUUAUCAACGAAACAGAAAAUAAAGAUCCUGAAGGAACAGGAAGUUGCAGCUUCUGAGUAUAUGGUGAACAAAGACAUGAGUGGAAGAGAGAUGGAUAUUGCCCAGAUUUUUUCAAAACCGUCAUCUCAUCGUGUUAUACGUUGUGCAGGGCAGCACCCUGAUUGCACUCCUGUGUUCUACAUUUAUGGCAGUAGCCAGCUAGAGGUCAGAUGGCGAAUGCUUAGGCUCUUCCAACAAACUGUCCGUAAGGUCAUUCUGCAAGUCCGUAUGAAUAAGAGGCUGCUACAGUUACGAGAACAAGCUUCCAGUACAAAGAGGCAAGUCAGAGGAGAAAAAAACAAAGGCAUAUAUAAACAGCAACAACUUUUAAAUAUGUCAUCAGAAAAGCUGCUGCCCUUCACAUUGCCUACAUUUCUUUCUAGAAACCACCCUGACAAACUUGCCAUUAACAAACUUGGAAAUGUUCAUGUGGGGCUGAUUGAAGAAGAUUCAACUUCCACCAUUCCAUUAUUUAAACUAAAGGUUCCUCAACAGUACAAGCUAAAUGGCUAUCAGGAAGUUACUGUGUUUGAUUCCAAGGCCAUUUGGGCCCAGAACAAACACUGCAGACUGUUGCGCACAGGAGCACAGAAUGAAUUGCUGUCCAUGGUGAUGUCUCCUGAUCUGAACUCCUACAAGGAGAAGGAGCUACAGGGAGAGGAGAGACUAGAGCCUGACCUCAACCCUGUGCCUUUUUUCAGGACACCUCAUAAUAUGUUGAAACCACAAAAUGCCCACCCUCUCAGGAUCUUUGCUCCUGCUCCUAGUGUGUCUGCCUUCAAAUCAAGCCCAUUAUACCUUGAGAGUGACCCAGAGUUCCACCUUUGUCCACUGACAAGACACACCAUCUGCGAAGACCAUGUGGUGGGAGUCCAUACCAACAUCACUCAAAAGACGUUUUUAUGCAGAGAUGACGUUAUAAAAGGAACCAUGCUGUGGAAGAAGUUUCCCUGUCUGGCACUGAAUACUGUUUCCUCUGUUCCAACAGAAACCAGCACUUGGUACCCAUGCAUGUGUGACCCUUUCAGUAGUUUGGUGCUGCCCCUGGAAGCCCCACCAUCACUGAAGGACCUUCCUGACAACAUCAGAGAAGAAAUUUCAUUUGGAGAGGCUGAAGAUAUAGGGGUCAGUCUUAAGCCUGACAUGGUUCAAGCUGAGUUUGUGGCCUUUGAAAAUUUACCCUCUAAAACAUUCAAAGAAGAUGCCAUUAAGCAUGACCGGUAG